AUUGAUUCACCACUUCACCAGCAUGCUCAAGUCGUAACAGAACUUCACCGGAUAUGUCUGCCCGAAACAGAGCGCGCGCAAAUCCUAAUCAAGACGCAGACGAGGAGCGCCGUCUAUGGAAGGAGAUCAAGGACAAGGCGAAGGAUGUCGAUGUGAUGGUGGCUCGUUCCAACGACAUUGGUCAUGAGAUUCUCAAGGCAGAAACUCAACAAGCCGCCUUGCUGGAUGCAGAUAAACCAAGCGAUCCUGUGCUCGACGAGCUAUUAGAGAAACUUUACCGCGAGAACGUCAAAAUCUGCGAAGAGGUGUCUCAGAUUGUGGAAGGCAAGUCAAACGAUACGAAUUUACUCGACAGUAUCAACAUCCUUGCUGGACUUCGAGAAGCAUCUCAAGAGCAUGCAGCUCAGAUGCAGGCCAGUCAGUCACAUCGUUCUGCCAGCGGGAAGCUCUCUCGUGCGCCCAAGAAGGUCAGUGGCAAGCCAGGAUCGGCCAUAGCUGUCACCACUGAAGAGAUUGACGACACAUCUGCUGCCCCGUCGCCCAGGAUCAAUCUUGGACCUCGACUUACUGCAAAGGAGAAGACCUCGAGAUCUGGCAGUAUCGCUACUACGCGCGAGGCGUCUGUCAAGAUCGAGGAUGGCGCAGAAUCUGUCGCCAGUAGUGCUGACGGCACUUCCACGGCAGCGGGCCCUAGCAAAGGCUCGUCAAGUAAUCGUCCGUCGAAUCGGCUUGUUCUUAGGCUCAACGAGGUCGUGUUCUGUCGGCAUGACAUGAAGAGUGCUAAUCCCAAAAAUCUCCCCGAGGGAGAGGGCAUCCUCUGUCGUGUUACGGCUGUGAUCGGCGAAGGAAAGCAGCGACGGUAUGAAGUGCAGGACGCGGAUACGCUGGGAGAGCCGCCGCCACCACAACGAGCAUCGGUCGCCCAGCUACUACAGAUCCCAGAGAGCAAUAAAGGCUUGCAAGAUCUGCCAGCGAAGAAACAAGUCAUCGCUCAGUAUCCGGAUACGACCACAUUCUACAAAGCGGAAGUCAGCGAGCCUUGGAAGGCCAAGGAUAUCGCGAAUGACAAGGGCAUCAUGGUGAGGCUCAUCUUCCAAGAAGACGUGGAAGCAAGGGAAGUAGAGCGUCGAUUUGUGCUUCUAGACGGAAAGUGAGAAGGCAAGAUCAGUUGCCACUUCUGUUGUUUGGCACUCACCGGCCCAAUUCACGAUAAGAGCCACCGUAAUGCCAGCGCAGUUGUAAGUGAGAAAGCUUUAGCGAGUGCCUGCUGCGGUGGUCGCGCGCCAGCUUUCAGUCUGGCAAUACCAAACGAAGCGAUCGUCGUCGGCCCAAAGUAUUGGCUGUUUCAUAGUUUCGUAUCCCAAUUGCAUGUGCGCUGGGUCAUCAAAGGUUGUUUGGUGUCACAAUAACAUUGAAGGAGGUAGACGCAGGACGGGUGGUUCGAGCAGAACGUGAGUGGAGGUCAUGGCGAGUCUGCACGGCUUGAGGAAGGCGUCACAUAGGUACCUUAGGCAGGCGGAUUUGAGGUGACUGCCCGAGCGAAGAUGGGGAUAAUCUCUUGCUAUCUGUUGCGUGCGAUGUCCACGCAAACACCACGGAUUCAGCACCGCUUUACUGUAGCAUUGACACGUUACAGCGGUAUUUCACCACAUACGGACGCAGCAGGAAUAUAGUUGCAGCUUUAGGCAUCUCACCACCAGCGGCUCUAUCCAGUGCAACUGUCGAUACAGAGCACGAACUGAGCUCGUAGACACUGAACUCGAUGGCUGCCACAAUCAGCCUCAGAACCUACGAAUCACGAGAUCCUUCUGAACAUGAUAUCGCUCUCUCCGUGCAUUUAGGAGCCCAGAGCUGUCCAAAAUAUCGCAUAAAAAGGCACAGCAAGAAGAACAGCCUUCGAGACGGAGUCGCAGCUGAUUCCAGGCCGCUUUUCCCAGGUGCCAGCCAGGAGUUGAGGCGGAGUACAUUGUCACAAUCAGCAUGCCUAUCCGAUCAUCCUGCAAGCACCGUCAGCAGAGGGAUGGAUCACCACUCAAGCCCAUUGUCUUCAAGCACCUCGCCACCAUGUUCGCUGGUACGGGCCAUUUGGGAGAUCACCUGUGAGGCCCUCGACGACAUUGGUGACGAACUCAUGCCAGAGCUGAUCCCUGCGGACUCGACUGUUACAUCAGCAUCGAAUUCGACACCAAUGACAUAGUGGGCUGCUGGAACGUCGGAUGACCAGCAAUUGAAGUUGCAGCUCUCGAAGGCGUGCCGAGAUUAUCUGCCUGGACACCCGGGAGUGGGUACCAUCGUCUUCAUGACAUCCCAAUUACCGAGUGGUCCAGACCCAUUGGAGCUACUGCUGGAAGAGUCUCUUCCGAGACGCACAGCAACCCUUUCGCCGUCUCCCAGUGUGCCGCAAGCUGAGAGUCAAGACUUCGAUGAUACUACGCCAGAGCGGAGCAGCUUGAGUACCCCGGAUGGACUGGAACGAAGAGAUACCCUUUUGAUUACGCCCAAGACCACAGAAGAUGCACCCGCUAGCCAGCUUGGCCAAAACGCAACCUCGGACACUGACUCUACUGUCAUCGACAUUACACCGCAGAGCUCUCACCUCGGAGCGCAGUUUGAUGAACCCCUGCCGGCUUCAGUUUCAGGACCUGCAACCCUUAUACCGAAAGAAAAGUUUCCCGCUCUUCAAUCUUCCGAUCUUCAAUUUCCCGCUUUACGGAAUCACGAACUGCUUCUAGGUGCCCGCUCUAAGCAUGUGGCAGCAUCCGAGCCAGAUCGUGGCGGUCUCGAGGCACUUAAAGAACGCCGCAAGAUCUCAUUUGGUGGAAUAACUAACCUUUCCCAUUCUGGACCACAUCUAGAAGAUCAUGCAGUGCCGACAUCGCCUUCAUCAUCGACAAUACUUGGAGACCCCGACCACGUGGUAGCUGAACAAUUACUCGACCCGUCUUUCUCCCUGACAGCAAGUAGCUCAAGCAGACCGCGGACGUCCUAUGGUGGCGGCAGUGAGAGCCCAAUCAGCCCGAGGAGCAUGAGUAAUCGGGCUCGACUUGGGCUUGAUGAAAAUUGGAGAGGCUGGGUUACACCAAAGGCCACUCCUUCCAUUGGAACUACAGUCGAAGGCAUCGGGCGCACGCGUAGUGGCCGGUCCGCGAGCAGUACGCAGUCUGCAAAUCUGCAGGGAGGAAAGUCAAGCACUUUGGAAGACCUCAAGAAGUCCCUGACGAUGACGCCAAUAGCCAGAAAAGGCGAAUCAGCACAAGCAGCAAUUGACAGAGUUUUGACACUACAGAGACCGCGAAGACCGAGCCAAGCAGAGAUCGAAGAGCAACAACGACAGAUCUCCAGGACCAGCGCGACUUUCUGUAAGGACGAUGACCUGGGAAGGCCGAUGCCGAGUUCUGGGGAGAAUGUGCAACCAGCUCGACUCUCCAUAUCGUCAUUGGGCUCCAGCUCUUCUCGUGGACUACCGCGAAGCCCACCUCCACGAGCGAACGAUGGGCAUACUGCAGAUGAAUUGCCAGAGAUGCCAAGUUUAACCAAAUUGCGGCGGCACUUUGCCUUCGUCCAAGGCAUGCAAGGCCCCGACCAAUUCCAGCGCCCGCCGCGCAAAUACACACCUAGCCCGUGUGAAGACGACGAGCCCAAAGCCACUGCCGCAGAAGCCACUGUCGCGCCACCGAUAUACCGACCAGUCCAUUUCAGAGGCCAUGCAAGAAAGAAUGCCGUCUCUGGACCACGCGCAUUCAAGCCGCGCGAUGAACAUGAAGACGACGAGUCUGACGGCGGCGUGUCCCUCCUGGGCAGUGAAAUGUACCGUUCUAGAGAAGAUGGCAGACUGAUCCGCCCGCGCAGCUUCGAGCCAGGACUACCACCACCACCACGAGAAGAAGAGACGAGCGAGGAGCCCCGCGUCGGGGGCUAUGCCCAGCACUUUGGGCACCCCAACAACCUCGCCGCUUUUUUCCCGCCCCCAGCGGAGAGACCGUUUGACCGACGAGCAGAGAUGGAGGAGAUGAGGAGGAGCUUCCUGCCUCGGAGACCCGCGCAAGCGGGUCAAAUCCACAUCACCGGGCCCGCCAGCGGCAUCCCAAUGCGGAUGACCUGGAUGGAGGAGGAAGAGCGGCAGAAGAAGGCCGCAGCAGCAACAGCAGCAGCAGCGACAGCAGAGGAAGCUACUGCCAGCAGCAGCAACACCACCACCACCACCGCCGCCGCCGCCACUGCCACUGCCACUGCCACUGCCACUGCCAGCACUUCUCAGGAAGACACAGAACAAGCUGCUGCUAGUACAGUUGAGGGAGACACACCCGACGAAGCAAGGCCGAGACGUCCAAGCACUCCGCGAACGGUCUACCACAUCGACGAGGAAUUGCCAGCAAGCGCGGCUCUCGACUGGUCUCCUUCGUAGUCGCCUAUCUGUGACGCGCUCAUAACGGAACACCAACCACGACGCACGCAGGAAGAUACAGAUCAGAAGAAGGGACAGAACGGCAGGAACAGAGUGACAACAGAGUGACACGGACAGACCGGCGCGGACAGAACGACGCGACAUCACACGACAUGGCCAACCAGAAUGGAGUCGGCGGACAGAAUUCGGCCAUGUACACAGGCAUGAAUGGAGGCAUCAUGCCAUCAGCAGGUCAUUACAGCGACAUGCAGACAUUGAUGCAGAACAUGGAAAGCCUGAGUGGUUGGCUAGAGCAGAACCGGCAGGAUUGGGCACAGGUUCAGGAUGGCAUUGCAAGAGUUGAGCGAUUACAAGUACGAUAUCCCCACAGCGUGCGCAUGUCUCGGUUGGCUUUUAGCAAGCGACCUUGGGCCAGCAAUUGCAUAGCAGCAGCAUCAUCGCAUUUCACUCUUGCUUAUACUUGCUGCCUCUCACUUUCAACUGUUUAGCAAAAACUCACAGUGUGUUCCGUAGGGCAGACUGGCUCAGAAUGGCCAGAUACCGCUGCUCAAUGGCGACCCUCCAUCGGAACCAGAGAGCGAUCAACCCACCAUCGCCCAACUCUCUGACUCUCUUGCGCGCGCAAACCUCCAGCUCGAAUCCAUGCGAAACACGUACAACGACCACGUCAGCCUGCAACGACUGUACGAAGAGACGCUUACCGAUACCACGGAGCGCAUACGGCAGUACUGCUUCGAGCAGCAGAACCAUAUCAUCGCUCUGCAUCAGCACUACACUACUCUACUGUCGCAGAGUCGCAGUGAGACUGUGGAAGCACAAUUGACACAUCAAGCUUGGCAGGCAAGCUUACAGAGAGUUAGCGAGAAUGUACGAGAGGCUAUGAAGGCGCGACAAGAGGAGGGUAUGCCAUACAAGCGGAGGAUUGCUGGCUUGAAAGAAGAGAACAGAGUGCUGAGAAAGAUGGCUGGAUGGGAGCCAGCGGUGGACAGUGAUGACGAGGAGGUUGUGGAGGAAGAGGCAAGAAGAGGCAGGGUUCUGCAUGUGUCUGGGGCUGAGAGUGGAAUAGGACAUGGUGUGCAGCAGCCUUCUUGAGCUGGCAAAGGCAGACGCCCUGGGUUCGAUGCAAUCAAGGAGGAGGAGAGAUCCACGGCUUGACUGUUGUGCUAUGAAGCAUAAACUAUUGGUGUCAGCUUUGUUCAGUCUGCUCGAUGCGGGUACGGGCUGGAUUGACUGAAGCAUUCUGGAGGCCUCCCUUCUGAUGAAGAUUCAGUCUUGC